GCCUAACAUAACCUAUACAAUUUUAACAAACCAAUUUUGAUUUAAUUUAAAUAACCCAAGAAUAUAAUAUGGAACUUCAACCUAAUUCAUUAGAAAACGGCUAUUCAGCCCCGUGCAACGAAAUAAUCGACGACAUCGAGGAUUUAAUAUCCUCGCAAGAUAUAACACCGAAGGAGAGGUACAGCAGCCGCAAAGGCGUUAAAAUCCAAGCAAAAAGAAAAGCAAAAAACGAACCGUUUCCCACGCCAGUGCCCCAAGGAGACAACAUACCGGGUACCCAAAAAAUAUGCGUUCAAACGUGGGGCUGCGCUCACAACAGCUCAGACUCCGAGUACAUGGCCGGACAAUUGGCCGCAUAUGGAUAUACUUUAACGGAAAACAAACACGAAGCUGACCUUAUACUAUUAAAUAGUUGCACAGUUAAGAGCCCUGCAGAGGAUCAUUUCAGAAACGAAAUAGAAUCCGCUAAGAAAUCGGGGAAGCAUCUAGUGCUUGCCGGAUGCGUGCCCCAAGGAGCCCCCAAAGCCCAAUUUAUCCAAGGACUCAGCGUAAUCGGCGUACAGCAAAUCGAUAGAGUCGUAGAAGUAGUGGAAGAAACGCUCAAAGGAAACACCGUGAAAUUAUUGGGUACUAAAAAAGAGAACGGUAAAAAAUUAGGAGGCGCAUCGUUGUUGUUACCGAAAGUAAGGAGGAAUCCGUUGAUUGAAAUCAUUGCUAUAAAUACAGGUUGUCUCAAUCAAUGUACUUACUGUAAAACCAAGCAUGCAAGAGGUGAUUUAGGUAGUUACCCUCCAGAAGAUAUCGUUGCCAGAGCCGUACAAGCCUUCGAAGAAGGUGUCGUGGAAAUUUGGCUAACUUCAGAAGAUACAGGUACGUACGGUCGAGAUAUUGGCACUUCUCUACCUGAAUUAUUAUGGAAACUGGUCGAAGUGAUACCUAAAGGAUGCAGAUUACGUUUGGGAAUGACGAAUCCCCCUUACAUUUUGGAGCAUUUGGAGGAAAUAGCAAAAAUUAUGGCAGAUGAUAGGGUGUAUGCUUUUCUACAUGUACCCGUACAAUCGGCUAGCGAUGGGGUUUUAAGCGAUAUGAAAAGGGAGUAUUGCAGGGAUGAUUUCGAGCAUGUAGUGGAAUUUCUAAAACAAAAAGUGCCUGGUAUAACGAUAGCUACAGACAUAAUUUGCGGGUUUCCUACGGAAACCGAAAAGGAUUUCGAGGAAACUAUAGAUUUGUGCGAAAAGUACAAAUUUCCAGUACUUUUUAUCAAUCAAUUCUAUCCGAGACCUGGUACUCCAGCGGCGUUGAUGCCUAAAGUACCGGCGCAGGAGGUUAAAAAGCGAACGAAGAAAUUGACUGAAUUGUUCCACUCGUACCAACCGUACGAUCAUAAAAUCGGAGAAAUUCAACAAGUACUAGCCACUGAAGUGUCACACGAUAAGAAACAUUACGUGGCUCAUAAUAAAUUCUACGAGCAAGUGUUGAUACCUAUGAAAGAGGAGUAUAUGGGUAAAAUAGUGAAGGUCGAGAUUGUUAAGGCGACGAAAUUUUCGAUGUCCGGUCGACCUUUGGAUGAAAUUAAAACGCCCGGUUUGAGAGAACCUUUGCAAAAGGGCAAAGUUUCUGGUAUAGAUGUUAGCGAAAGCAUCGAUAAAAAAUGGUUGUAUUGCAUUGUAAUAUUAUUUAUAUCGUUUAUUUUGAGGAUGUUAUGGCGUUAUAGUUUUUUUUAGGUAAUUAAAAGUUUAAUAUUUUAUUAGAUUUUCUUUGUAGAUC